CGGCGGCGGGCGAGGCGGGCCAGCAGGCGCGCUGCAGCGCAAGCUGCUGGACUCGUCGCCCGACACGCUGCAGCAGCAGGAGUCGCUGAGCAUCUCGGGCCAGUCGGCGCGCCACCUCGUCAUGCAGCGCCUCAUGCGGCGCCGCGCCAGUCGGACCGUCCUACUCAGCAACAUGGUGGAGGCCGAGGAGGUGGACGAGGCGCUGCACCACGAGAUACAGGAGGAGUGCUCCAAGUGGGGCCGGGUCGAGAGGCUCGUCAUAUACAACGAGAGCCAGAACGAGGACGACGACCCCGCGCACGCCAACGUCAAGAUCUUCGUACAGUUCGCCGAGCCCGACGAGGCCAUCGCGGCGGCGGGCGCGCUGAACGGGCGCUACUUCGGCGGGCGCACGGUCCGCGCCGCGCUGUACGACCAGGACUUGUUCGACCACGGGGACCUCUCCGGCUAGCUACGCCCGCCUCGCUAGCGCGGGGGCUUAUACAUAACUUCUAAUGUGAUAAUUCUUUCGAUUAAAUACUGCUCAUUCGUACGCCUCGCUUAUUCUUUUUUCGAUUUGAAAAACUCGCUAUUUGAUUAAUUAAAUAGUGUA